AUGACAAUAGCAGCAUACCAGACACUUUAUGAAUCAAGCAUAGCAUUCGGCAUGCGUAAAGCUCUUCAAUCUGAACAAGGGAAAGCUGACAUGGAACGAAUGAUUAGUGACUUGGAACAAGAAAAGAAAGAUUUAGAAAGACAAGUAUAUGAAUUAAAAACAAAAUGUGAACAGAUUGAAAAACGUGCAGCAGAACAAAGACAAUUAGAAGAAAAGAAACAUCAAGAUGAAAUACAAUUUUUAAAACGAAAUAAUCAACAACUAAAGGCUCAAUUGGAUGGAAUUAUGAAUCCGAAGAAAUAAUUGUUAUUCCAUUAUUGCUAAAUAACUCCAUACACGAUUUUGUCUCUAUUUCUUAUUUUAAGACAGUAAUUUCUGUUAUAAAAUGUAUGGUAUCUAUCUAAUCUAGGCAACUAGAGUAUAUUAUUGUACCAUAUGAAAGUUUCAACUAUCAUAUUGUGAAUAUCAGACUUUUCAUUAUCAUUGAAAUAGUAUGGUUUAUUUUCUGAUUAGGUAUAAUAGCUUAAGUCGUUAUUUACUAUAUCAGACGACGUACAUUGAAUAAAAACAGAACUCAACAAAAAGAAAUCAUGUUUGAUAGUUUAUUU